AUGAAGCUUGAGGAUAUAUAUAUGAUUGAUCAUCUCUUCCGUUCUUGUCCUCAUGAUAUAAGGGAAGAUUGGUUCGCGUCAGCUAUAGGGCGUUGUCUCGUGAGGAACCUUAGAGAAUCUGAUCAAACACAUCUUAUUCGUUGCAUGAUGAGUUACCGUAUGGAUUUUCAUAGCUCAUCAGCCAUGCUAUCUUCUAUCAUUCCGAAGCGUCCCGAAGUAGAGUACCAGGGCACGAUAACGGCACUUCUCUUACAGUCAUCAGCAGCAUUCUUCCGGCUCAAGACCACUUUGCAAAACCUCGGCGUAGACAUAGCUAAAUUCCGGGGCCCCGUCAUCGCGGCUGGUUGA